CGGCGCGAAUCCGAUAGCCUAUACUUCUCAGGGGCGCGUGAGUGCCUGCGGGCCCGCCGUACGUCGCGCACAAAGGCGUCCGGUACGCGGGAGGUAGCGCCCGGUUGAAUGCAGAAGGGUCGCCUCCGUGCGGUGCCUGCGUGUCCAGCUGCAGCGCCGGAUGCGGCGGCCCCACAGAGCAAACCGCGCGCCCUGGCCCGAGGAGGGGGCUCCGGCCAGGCUUUGGCUGCGUCAAGCGGAACGGAAAUCGCGCAGAUCUGCACUGGGCUAUGAGGGGAAUAGAGAAUCCUCCAGAGCGGUAGAAGGGGAGACGCGUGCUGUUCGGUGGCGUGUGCAGAGCGAGAGGUACUUACUCGUGAAAUCACCUCUUGUCGCCCUUCUGACCACGUCCGCAGCGGAAAGGGUCUUCCUUGGUACCGUAAAAGGCGGGUUUGAAUAGAUAGCUUCGGCUCUCCCCCGUGUGGCUGAGGAGAGAGAAGAAUCGGAAGUCGUCAAGGUCAACUUCCAAGAAGGCCAGGA